ACUUGUAAAUUCGUAGGUAAGUGUGAUAGGGAGGCAACCCGUCGAACGUGGUUCGCGGUAGGCCCUCUAAAACUAAAGGGCUUACGAGUAUAAGAAUUAGGUCCACACGGUCGCCGGGCACUUGCUAACAGUGCCCGAUGGCUCUUGCAAAGUUUGGUUUUAAAUUGCCAAUUAUGUUCAGCUUGAUAGUUUUACAACUCAAAAAAAAAUUACAUUUCAAAUAUUGUUAAAGAUGUGCUGAUAUUUCGUGAAACGGAAAGUGACCCUUGCUCGGGUCCGGUCGUCGGUUCCGUUCACAAGUGUGGAUGUAAUAGGCCCUUUAUUAGUCGCGAUCCGUGUUAACGCUUGCAUCCCCGAACUAAACGUCACUGUCAACGUCAAAACAUUCAAGUUGUUGCAUAUUUGUUGCUUCUCGGUUAGAAUGCAAUGAAUAAAUGUUUUUGGAAAAUCCAAAUUACCACCACGUAACAAAUACAAUUCACGUGUAUUUAGUGAAGAUCUCACGCAGUAUAUGGUGGACAUUCCUAUAUUGCAUGGUGAUUACAGCUGAAAACAUGGAAGAAUUACUGUCAUACGGAGCAAACAAAAGUAACAAAAAGAAAGUGGAAAUGGAUAAAAUACUGCCGUUUGUUAUCCUGCCGCUUUUGCUGCUUUUAGCUGCGUGGUCACGAGUGAUGACUAUAGUCGUCAUGGUAGCUAUAGGUAUGGGAGCACUCUACGUUCAUUCUAGGCCACGUCAGAAAAAUAGAUCACCAUUCUUCCUCUCCUGGACCCUCUCAUCAGGGAUCUAUUUGUUCCUGGUGUUCGAGCUUGGUGUCAUGCGACUGCUGGAGAUCACACAAAUGGAGAACUUUGUGUUUCUUUUACUUGUGGCAUGCACUUGUUACUUCUUCUACAAGAUGAAGAUGAUUGCCGACUUUGAACUUGCGACAGGGUCAUCUAAGGGAAAGGAAUAUAGUCCAGUUUUGACAUCUGACUCACAUUAUUGCCAGAUAUGUCAAAUUGAAGUAAAUGAAAGGUUCUUCCAUUCAAUAUGGUGGGAUUGCUGUGUGCUUCGACCAAACUACCCGUGCUACCUAGCAGGCCAAAUAUUCGCGUUCGCCACUCUGCUGUUCGGCACCAACCUGGCCCUGACUUCCAUAUGCCAGCCUUUCAUUUUGAUAGGCACCAUCUUGCUGCCUGAGGACUGUCAGGAUGUUUACUAUCAGAUGGAUUUGGCUAUAUGUUUCGCAUCAUCAGUGUACGGAGUGGGCUACCUGCUCAUCAUCACGUUCGUGCUGCUGCAUCAACUGCUGGUUUACAUACCUAAAUACAGUGAACCUCAGUGGCGGAAGAUAGUAAACGUGCUGAAUGUGUGAAACGAACAUAAUAUACAACUGAGAAGCAAUUUACGAGACUGAAUCGUGUAUUUUUAGUUAGCGGUAUUAAUGAAUUUAGUGUUUUCACUUCUAACAUACAAACACAGUGUUGUGUUAUGAGACUCGAGCCAAGGCUUUAUACGACUACGCUUUCCAUUAGCGGUGAGGAGCCUAUAGGGACCGUGCGCGUUGGAGGGUCUGCCAUCUUGUGGCCUGAAUCGGAACCAUAAACAUGUACAUUUACA